GAAAAUGUUGCCUUUUAUCGCCUCUCACUGAGCCCGAACGAGACCUCCAUCCCAGGGAUAGGACUUUUCGACGUCAACCGCCCGAUUGCCGAUCAAACUUGCUGGGCCAGCCUCCUCGUCAAUACCACCACCGCGCUGGUCUUUACGCGGCCCCUGCAGGUCUGGACCAUAUUCUUCACGAACCUCGAGGAAGGCGACUGGGUUGAUUUGGUGGUGCCAGUCAAGCCUGGGGGUCAAGUGGAGGUGCUGCACGGCUUCUCUGGGGGCAUUGACAUGCCGCGCAUCUUCUACAACAAUGGUAUCACACCCGCCAAUGAGACGCUGACGCCCAACGCCAACGGCGUGGUGCACACGCGGGUCACGGCCACCUAUCCGCUCAAGACUGGGGAAUGUUGGCUGCCCGGUGUGUGCGGGGGCGGGUUCCCCGAAUGCGGCUUCACCGGCGUUCCCUACACGGACGUCGCCGCGGGCACGGCUGCACUCUUAGAAGAGGCGUGCCAGAUCGGGACGCAGUACGCGGCAGAGGGGCAAGACUAUGUGCCACCCGGCGCCCAGCCGGAUCAGCCAUUCUUCGUCGGCGUCAGCAUACAGGGCGAUUUGGAUGAGACCUUCGAUUGGAGCCGACUGACGCAGGAGACUGUGUCCUUCCAGCCCGAGCUGGCGGCUAAGGGUUUCAUCUUCACGCCAGACGAUCCGUCGUGCGUGCGCCCACCGGAGACGCCCGCCGACAUCCCGAGCCCGUCCGUCUCACUUUGUCCCACAGACUGGGCCAACUACGGCGCCGUGACCAAGGGGGCUCCGCAGUGGGACGAGAUGACGAAGUUCUACUGCAACCGCUGGGACUGGAACACGACCUCUGGCCAGGUGAUGUCCUGCCCUGUUCAACCCCCAUCCAUUCCUAACGACGCCUGUGGCCCGGGCAGCGGCCUAACCCCCUUGGAGCCGCUGCCGACCCCGCAAUUUACCCGCUACCAGCAGCCGGGCGUGUGUCCGCUGCCAAACGGGGACCCGAUCCUCGACCCCGACAACCUGCUCCUGCCCCUCUCGUCGAGCUGGGAGCAACAGACGCCCUGGGAUGCGGCGCGACCGGUGUACGUCGAUAGCCAUCCCUGGACGGGCGGGUGGAGCAUGCUUCCCAGCCGUGGCUACGGGUGCAACAUCGGGGGGUAUUGUCCAUACGCCUGCCGUGCCCCUUAUUACGAGACGCAGUGGGACAACGCUUGGGCCGGCUCGGCUUAUUGGUCACUCUCCACCGGCGAUCCCAUUCCUUCCUUCAUGGGCUUUGGCCGCCGGUACAUUCAGCCGAACGGACCAUGCAUGGGCGGGCAGCAGGGCAUUUACUGUAAGCAGACGGGGCAGUUGGCGCUCACGGCGCCCUCCUCCCAAGCGCCACAGAACUUCAGCGAGAUGUGUGUCCGGGGCCCUGAUGUGGUCUUUGUCGAAAACCGCACACCUUGGAACAUCAGCUCAUGCCGUAAGGUCUUACCCGAAGACUACAUGGGCAUUCCCACGCUCUACUCACCCAGCAGUAACAGCUCUUUCCCCACGGUCAAGCAAGGUCCCCCGAGCACGGCCAAUCCCCGCGUCCAGGUGCCCAUGUACUACACCGACGGUGCGGGGGUCUACGGCGUUUCCCCGGGCUUCAAGCAGUAUUUUACAAUCCCAGAGCGGGACUCAUCCGCACCGCCCUGCCUGAACCCAUGGUGCCAGCUCGUGCGGUACCGGCCGAGCACGGGGAAUAACAACAGCGCGGUGGUGGGGCAGGACUACACCCCGUACGAGGUCGACGUGAGCAAUACGGACUUGACGGGGACGUUCAGUGUCACGCUGCGCGUGACUUCGGUCGCAAGUGCGACGGGCUUCCCCAUCGCGGGGAAGCAGAGCGCCUCCUACGACACAGCGCUCGGCAACCCGGGCUACGGUAUCCGCCUCUGGUCUCCACGCGGCGAGAUUGCCUGCGAGGGCUACUGGGAGGGCGGUGCCGCUACGAAAACCGACUGUUCGACGUACUGCAUGGGCGAAGACUGCGCCAACGCACCCUGCGACCCGCAUCAGGCCGAUCCUGCCGCAGCCGACGCCUGCUAUAACUACCCACCGCUAGGGCCCGCGGGGCCUGGUCCCUACGUCAAACCGGUGCUCAAAGCGUACGAUGUCGUGCAGCCGUACACUGUGCCCACAUGCUCAGUGAUUUUCCCCGGCAAUCCAGGAACGGGCAAGGUUCGCAUCGAGCUGUUUGUGGUACCCUAA